AUGAGACGGUCGCGCUCAUUAAUUGCUGCCUUGCAAAAAAAUUGCUCGCACUCGGCGGCGACGCGUCCGCCGGCACGAAUCAGUUUGAUCCGCGCGGCGCCGCAACCGCGCCGUCUCGGCCAGCUGCGUGCGGCGACGACCUUACGACAAUUAAGUGACGCCCCGCGGUUCGCGAACGGCGCGCCGCUCGCAGACAGCAACAAAAUGGGUGCCGCCGCGUCCUGCGUAGGAAGCAAGGAGGACCCGAUCACGUCGGGCGACGUCGAGGUGGCCCAGGAGGCCUGGGCCAAGGGCAUCGUCGACAUCGGCAAGGUCUACCAGGACAAGGGCGACUAG